UUUGAAUUUGUAUUUUUGUUAGACUUGUACACGUACUCAUUCAUAACUUAUUCUUUAAACUAUACCAACUUUUUGAAUUUUUCAUGUAUAAUAAUUCGUAAAAAUUCCAUUAUAUAUAUGCUUAUUAUCAAAAACACACACUCACUUCAUCUUACUUCUUGUCUCUCUUCAUGGAUUCAAGUGCUUUUCUUUUGCGUCCUUCUCCAUUAGAGCCCACCAACAAUAAUAAAGAUCAUCGAAAGAAAGAUAAUGUAUUUGUUAAUGGAGAUUUCGUAUUUGAUGCAUCUUUGUUGAAGAAGCAAACUAGAAUACCCAGACAAUUUCUUUGGCCUCAUGGUGACUUAGUUUUUGAAAGCAGGCAAGAACUUAGAGAACCCAUUAUAGAUCUUCAUGGUUUUAUAUGCGGUGACGAACUCGCUACUAAACAUGCUGCUGAUAUCAUUAGGUCUGCUUGCACCAACCAUGGGUUCUUUCAAGUUGUCAACCAUGGUGUUGAUAAACGUCUUAUUACUGCAGCUCAUGAUCAUAUGGAAGCAUUCUUUAAGUUACCUGUUUCUCAUAAACUCAAGGCUAGGAAGAAACCAGGCAGCACGUGGGGUUACUCCGGUGCUCAUUGCGAACGUUUCUCGUCUAAAUUACCGUGGAAGGAGACAUUUUCUUUUGGUUACAACAACGAUGGUUGUGGUGAUAACUCUGCAGUUCUUAGUUACUUUUUAUCCGUCCUUGGGAAAGAUUUUGAAGAGACCGGGUUGGUUUACCAAAAAUACUGUGAAGCAAUGAAGGAAUUAUCCCUAGUUAUUAUGGAACUUUUGGCGAUAAGUUUGGGUAUUGAUAGAUUGCAUUUUCGAAGAUUCUUCCAAGAUAGUAACUCCUUAAUGCGGUGCAACUAUUACCCACCUUGUCAAGAACCAAGUCUAACCCUCGGCACUGGUCCUCACUGUGAUCCUACUUCUCUUACUAUACUUCAUCAAGACCAAGUUGGAGGACUCGAGGUUUUUGCACAUAACAAGUGGCAAGCUGUUCGACCCCGCUCGGAUGCUUUCGUCGUCAAUAUUGGUGACACAUUCAUGGCUUUAUCGAAUGGAAGAUACAAGAGCUGCUUGCACCGGGCAGUAGUGAACAGAUACAAAGAGAGAAGAUCACUAGCAUUUUUUGUAUGCCCUAAAGAAGACAAAAUUGUGAGACCCCCAGUGGAUCUGCUUAACAUUGUUUAUAGAGGAGAAGAUCAUCAUCAAGAUGAUAGCAGUCAUGAAAGAACAAGAAAGUAUCCAGACUUCACAUGGUCUGAUUUCCUUGAUUUCACUCAAAAACACUACAGAGCUGAUGUUACUACCCUCCAAAGUUUUACCAAUUGGCUUCUUUCGACUUCUAACUCUUCUACUGCAGCUACUUCUCCAAAUGCUAAUAAUAACCCAUCUUCUUCAUCAGCAGCAGCAACAGCAGCUACCAACUAGAUAUUAUUAUCUACUUGCCCUGUUACUACAAUCUUGUUUGGACAUACUCUAGUUUUGUCUUUCACUCUCCAUAUGAUCUCUCUUGUAAACAUCUUGUU